UCGGCCGCCCCUCCGGCCUUGGCCCCUCAGGCUCUCGGCCUGGCCUGGCAAGUCCUUCUGCUGCUCGGUCUCGUACUGGACCUCGCCCCGGGCCUCGUGUCCAUCGGCUGCCGCCUCCCGCUCCUCCCCGCCCGGAAGCCCGCCAGUCCUCCCUCCCUCCCGCCCGCCACCAUGUCCUCUUUCUCGGAGUCCGCUCUGGAGAAGAAACUCUCCGAGCUGAGUAACUCCCAGCAGAGCGUCCAGACAUUGUCUCUGUGGCUGAUCCACCACCGCAAGCAUGCGGGGCCCAUCGUCUCGGUGUGGCACCGCGAGCUCCGCAAAGCCAAAUCAAAUAGAAAGCUUACGUUUUUAUACUUAGCAAAUGAUGUCAUCCAAAACAGUAAGAGGAAGGGGCCUGAAUUCACUAGGGAAUUUGAAUCUGUUCUCGUGGAUGCUUUUUCCCAUGUUGCCAGAGAGGCAGAUGAAGGCUGUAAAAAGCCUUUAGAAAGAUUGCUGAACAUCUGGCAAGAAAGAAGUGUUUAUGGUGGUGAGUUCAUUCAACAGCUGAAGUUAUCUAUGGAAGACUCCAACAGCCCUCCACCUAAAGCCACAGAAGAGAAGAAAUCUCUCAAGCGAACCUUUCAGCAGAUACAAGAAGAUGAAGAUGAUGAUUACCCUGGAAGUUACUCUCCCCAAGAUCCUACUGCAGGCCCUCUCUUGACCGAGGAACUGAUCAAAGCCCUGCAAGAUUUGGAAAAUGCUGCAUCAGGUGAUGCCACUGUGAGGCAGAAAAUUGCUUCACUACCACAAGAAGUCCAAGAUGUUUCACUUCUAGAGAAAAUUACAGACAAAGAGGCAGCUGAACGUCUUUCAAAGACAGUGGAUGAAGCAUGUUUGUUACUAGCAGAAUAUAAUGGGCGACUGGCAGCAGAACUGGAAGACCGGCGCCAGCUGGCACGCAUGUUGGUGGAGUAUACCCAGAACCAGAAAGAUGUUUUGACAGAGAAGGAGAAAAAACUAGAAGAGUAUAAGCAGAAGCUUGCUCGGGUAACCCAAGUGCGCAAGGAGCUGAAGUCACACAUACAGAGCCUUCCAGACCUGUCGCUGCUUCCUAAUGUUACAGAUCCUGAAACAGAUGAAAAAUUGGCUACCUUAAAGAAGACCAGCUGGCGAGGGGAGCUGGAGCCCUUUCAACUCUUCAAAGGGCCUGUCCAGAGCAGGGCCACUCUAGUGGCUAAGAACCCAGAGACAUCUGGAUAUUAUUCCGAAUGACCUGUAAGUCUGUGAAUCUAUUCCCAGUAGUUUGUUUCUUAUCUCUCCAUGCCGGAACAGAGAGAGCUUUGAGAACAGGGUUGGUGAAGUUUAUUAAGCAGUUAGAAAAAAGAAAUGUGACUAUAUCCCUUGUUUUGGCACACAUUAAGAUAGUUCUUGUACCGAAUCAAAGAACAUUGGAUUUUGAAGACUACUGACUAGCCAAGUGACCUUAAACAAGUCACUUUUCCUCCCUGGGCCUCAAGUUUCCUCAUCUAUUAAAUGAAGGGGGCCUGACUGGAUUAUCUCUCAGGUCCCUUCAAGCUCUAAAUCCUACAAAAUAUUCCAGGUACCUUCCCCAUUCCCUCCUACCCUAGCCUAACACUGUAGAAAGAUAGAGCAUGCUUACUGUAUAACAGAAGGCCCCACAGGGUGGACAUGAUCUGCCAGGUCAUCUUGAACUGGUAUUAUUAGCUCAUGCUCCUACUCUUCCCUUUUGCAGGGUCAGGAUUCUCAUCAGAUUGGGGAACUCAGCCUUCAGUCACUGAACUCCAUUGCCAAACCUCAUCAACAGCCCAUUUCCCCUCUCCCAAAAAGUGCUGAGUCAUAGAAUCUCAUAUUUAGAGGUUAUCCAGUCCAAAUUUCUAUGAUAUCUGUGACACAGGGUCAUUCCUCCUUCAUUUGAACACCUUCAGUGUUGGGGAAGCUCUUACCAAGAUAGCCCGUUCCAUUGUUGGACAGAUCUUAUUUUUAGAACACUUCUGAGGACAUCUGUUCUUCUAGUGCCAUCCCAGCUUUCACAAACAAGGAAUCUGAGGUUCGGAGAGAGUGACUUUCCCCAAGAUCACACAGCUAGCUAGUGGUGGACAAUUAGAAAUGUGUCAGUGAUGGAUCGUUAAAAAUACACUAGACUUGAAGUGAGGAGACCUGGAUUCUAGUCCCAGGAUCGAGCUCAUUGCUGUGACUUUUGUGUCUGGCCAUCAUUCAAGCUAAAGCUUGGAGGCUUUUUGACACUGAUGCAGCUGCUGUUGGGGGGGAAUCAGAAAGUGGAAUAUUCAGUGAAAAUCAAGAGCGGUGGCCUCAUUUUAAAAGCAAAUGUAAGCAUGGUGCACCUAAUAUCAGGGUGGAAGAGGAAACUUGCUAAUGUUGAAGAGGUGGCAGUUUCCCAAGUCUGAAAAGAUCUUCUGUUUGGAAGGCAGCAGAUUAACCAACAGUUUGAUCUCUGCUGCUUACUGACUGUGCUUUGCACAGGGAAAACUUGCAAAAUGCAUCCAUGCUCAGUUCCUCAGAAAUCUGUCAAGUGGCCCUAAGCCUUCCCAUCCUCAGAGAUGCCUGUGAAAAUCCUCCUCAAGGAAGCCCUUCUGAAUUCUGAGUCUGAUGAGGGUGCUCCUUCUCCUUCAGGUUUGUUGCUGUAAAAAGUCAGGCAGAAAUUAUGAAGAAGGAAGAUAAUCACUUCUUACUCUACGGAUCAGGUAUAAUUCACACAAGGUAAGAAAGAUAAGGAUGUCAGAGCUGGGAUGAGAAAUUUGCAAGCCCAAGGCAGGCUUCAAAAAUGAUGCUACUCUCUCCCCCACUAUCCCCUGGGUGUGACUAUUCUUUGGAAGCUUUUAAACUUUCACAGUAAGGCAAGUGAUUGACCUUACCAUAAAGCCAAUCCCUGAGUAACCUAGAAAAUGGAUUUUCUGGCAUUAAACACCUACAUUUGUAAAGAUAUGUUAAAAAGUGCCACUCCUUGUGCCCCUCCCUAUGUCACAUCCUAGAUGAUGUUUCCCCUUGCCUGGCCCUAGUCUCAUCUCUAGGACAAAGAUAGUUCGUAGGUCUUUAGCACUUUAAGGUUUACAAAGCUCUUGAUGCACCACAAUCCUGUGAGGUAGGUAGUCUAAGGAUCACAAUGCCCACUUUACAGAUGAGGAAACUUGAGGCUCAGCGAGGGAAAGUGGCAUAAAAUAUAUUAUGAUAUUGUAUAAUAUUAAAUACAAUUUUAUGUAUUGUUUACUCUGCUUGGUUUCAUCGGUUUUAAUAUAUGCUUUAGAAAGCUUUAUAUACCAUGCGGGUAUAAUACUUAAAGUUGAUUAAGUAUGGUGUUUGUGGUUAUUUAUAUUAAAAAUUAAAUGUCAAGAGUAAAAUUGUCUUUUGGACUCUAGUAGCUCACACUGAUAUAGCCUGUUAUAGUUACAAAGCACUUUACAUCCAUUUCCUCAUUAGAUCCUUACAAAAGAUCUGUGAGGAAAGUAGUACAGAGAUUAUUACCCCUACUUUACAGGUGAGAAAACUGAGGCUCAGUGUUUUGUUCUCCCUUUAUAUAAUAUAAAGAUUCCUAAGAGGAGGGAACUCAGCCAGCAGCCACUGACCCCCCAGUCCCUAACCUUAUUUCCUGCUCUAGGGAUUGAGGCUCAAAGGUGGAUUAGUUUGUCCAAGCUGAAUAGCAAGUAUGUGACUUAGUGGGCACCAGGUCUUGUUCUUUGAUAUCCAGGGCUCUUUCUGUUGCACCUCACUGCUUCUAAUGAUGUCAUUCUCUUUAGGGGAAAACCAGUCAACUUAAUAGAGCAUUUUUUUUUCAGGAAUGCAAUUAAUAGCAUUUAGUACUGUAAGUAGGGGUAAGAUAUGCCUAUAAAGUAGUGUGCUUUCAGAAGCUGGUAGAUGUCAGUCUCUUUAAUAGCUCUACUCACUAAAUAUAUUAAGAUUCCAUGACCUCGGACAUAGGUGCACCUGCGAGAACAGGGACAGACUUGGGUGUUGCCAUGAAUGCAGCUCUUAUUAACUUUGUAACAUAACAUCAUUGCUGCCAGGGCCUUUGUAUGCACUGUGCCUAAGCUCUCCAGUAGCUAUAGCCCAGUGCAUGAACACUGUGCCUAAGCUCUCCAGUAGCUUAUAGUAUAGCCCAAUGCAUGAGUUUUCAACAGAAGAACACACAAAACAGAGAAACAUAAAUAUAAACACAUAGGGAAAGCCACCCAGAUAACCUGACCUCUUGCAGCCAUGCUGCUAUUAGAGUUGGAUCUUACUUGGCUCACUUGCUCUUUCCCCUAUCAACAUACUCAGCUUUACAAUCACAGUGUAAGGCCCACAUUAAUAAAACACCAGCCCCAACACCUACUGUUAUCUUUGCUUUUCUAAGCUACCUAUAGGCAACUUUGAGAAGUUGGUGGCGUUGUUGCAGCUAUUGCUUCAUCAGAUCACUUGCCCUCCCUUUGUAGUUGGAGUAACAAUGAUACAGGACAGGUGGGUUAACUUUUCCAACUCUCAAAUGGCAAUAACAAUUCUUUGUGGCCUUUUUUGUAAGAAAGAAAUGAUAACUGAGUAAUCUUUGGAAAACUAUAUCCAGUCUUCAGAAUGUCCUUCAACGCUUUUUAACUUAAAUGUCUGCUUGUCAGAAUGAUGGAAACUUUUCUACCAAGAACUUUUGAAGUAGGUGGUUUAGGACAAAGAGGGGAUAGAUGUGUGUGUUAUUUCAGAUGUUAUUACAAAUGGAAGGGCAAAGUCUGCCUCUUGGUGAGUCCAUAUCAUUUGGAGGAAGAACAUUUCAGUUUGCCUUUCGAUGCCAGAAGACUUCUUCUUUACUCCUUAAAAUAGCCACGUAUUGGAAAAUGUAUAGGACUGAAAGUCAGAAGACUUGAGUUCAAGUCUCAGUGGCUUUAUCUUUUACACUUAAUAGUCAUGUUAUCUUAGGCAAGUCACUUCAUUUUUUUGGGCCUGGGAUUUGUCAUCUGUAAAAUGAGGAUAGUAAAACUUGCCCUGCCUUAACAAUUACGUUAUACAAAUUGGAUGGGAAGUAAGCCUGGUACAAUAGAAAAAGUUCUGGAUUUGGAAUCAGGAAGUCCUUGAUUUGAGUGCUAGCUCAGCUGUUUAUGAGCUGUGGGACUGAGCAGGUUACUUCUUUGAGCCUCAGUAUCAUAUAGAGAAGACUGUGUUUGAAGGUGGGGGACCUUAGCUUGACUUUCUGGCUCUAUUAUUGAUUGGGUGGCCUUGGGCAAGUCACCUCAUCACUCUGGGCCUCUGUUUCCUCCUCUGUAAAAUGAGGGUUUGGGAACUAAUUAAUUUCUGACGUUCCUUCCGGAUCUGAAAUCCUCUGAUAACUGUGGAAGAAUACUUGCAUUGGCCACCUCACAAGCUAGUGGUAACAAAAGCACUUUGUGAACUGUAGAGUGCUAUAGAAAAGUGAGCUGCUAUUAUCAUUAUUAUCAUCACAUGAUUAAGGUGUGAGAUAAAGGAGAGUAAGUAUGUAAAAUGCUUUGUAGAAUGUAAGGUCCUUGAUGGUAAGGACUGUGCUACUUUUAUCUUUGUCUAGCACAGUAUCUUUUAGAAAGUGGAUGCUUUAUAAAUGUUGUUUUGUUUGUUUGUAAACCUAACAGCACUAUAUAGAUGUCAGCUGCUAUUAUUAUUAAUAAAUGUGAAAGCACUUUGGAAACCAUAAAGCGCUCUACAAAUAUAAAGUUGUUAAAAGUUUAAAACCUGCCAAAGACUACAGAGAGCCCUCCUGUAUCCCAGUGAAUGUCUCUAUUUAAAUAAUUCUAUUUUUGAUGUCAUGUACCUGCCAGAGAGUGCCAAGAUGAGUCAUGUCCCAUGUACUGAUGUAGAUGUGAAUCUCAGCAGUGUCAGACCCCUUUCCCAUAGCUCAGCACCACUUAGAUCCCAUCCAGGCCAGCUGACCAAGGGUUAACCACCUGUGAAGAACAGUAAGCAAGAGCAAUGGGCCUAUGGGUUGGGUUAGCCCACCACUUACUAAAGCUAAUUCUUCCUGAUUGAUGGACAAGUUAUUACAGAGUUAUCUGGAGCCUCAUCACUGGAGUGCCAACAAUUUGGAUGGCUUCCCUCAGCUGCUUCAAUCCUCCUUCACCUCCUGUCAGCAAAGAACAUGAUCCAAACAAGCAGUCCUGUGGAUUGACGGAUUCAUUAUCAGCAUUCCCCAGCCCCUUCUCCUGGGAUGGACAGGUUUCUCUGGCCUCUGAAGAGGUACAUUCUGGAAAGAGCAGAGUAGCCUUAAGAAAUAGCGUGGUUGGGCAAAAAGAACUCCUGGCCUGAGAAUCAAAAGACUUGGUUUCUAGUCCCAGUUCUACCACUCAUUAUGUGACCUCAAAAGAGUCACCUUCCUAUCCUAGGCCUCAUAUCCCACUUGGUAAGAUAAGGAGAGUAAAGGGAUUAGACUAGGGGUGGGGAACCUGGGGCCUCAGGCCAAACGUGGCCCUCUAGGUCCUCAAGUGUGGCCCUUUGACUGAAUCCAAGCUUCAUAGAACAAAUCCUCUGCGGCCUUGAGGCCACAGGUUCCCCACGCCUGGAUUAGACUGUUUCUAAGAUCUCUCAGCUCCAGAAUUCUGGGAUCUUUAGGCCUUUUUCCUCUCUGGGCCUCACUUCAUCUAAAAUAAAGAUACUGACCUAGGUGCUUUUUAAAGGUCCUGUAAAUGUUGGUCUAUGUUUCUAGGCUGUCAGAGACUUUGGGCCUUCCUUCUGCUUUUUGGUUGUCACAUCCAUUCUCCUGGGUAUGAUAGUUUGAACUUGGGGCUAGAAUUUAUUCCUAUUCCUACUGCAGAAGUUAAAGCCCAGAGAGAGAAGGUGAUACCUAUGGUCAUAUAGGUAGUAAGUAGCAGGAAUAGGAUUCACACAGGACUUCUGACUCCAUUUCUGAUAUAUGGGUCAAGAAUGAGCCCAGAGUCUGAAAAUUCAGUUCAACAAACAAAUUAAACAUUUAGUUUUUUCAGGGUCUUGGACUUUGACUGCGAGGACACAAAGAUGGAAUGAAAAAUGGCAGUUUCCAACCUCAGAGAGUUUAUAGCUUAAUAGGUAGGAUAGAUCAUACAUUUAAAUCAGUAUAAAUUAAGAUAGACUGUCAGACAAGGUAGAUCUGGUCAUAUUAUUUUAGGAAAAUUAGAGGAAGAAGAGGAUUGCUUCUUUUUUCUUUUUUGAGGAACAAAGGACAACUUCAUGAAGGAAGUGGUACUUGAGUAGAAUCUUGAAUCAAGAUAAUAUUUGAAAGGGGUGGAAGUCUGAACUUCAUGAUUCACUCAGAUUCUGGAGAAUAUGGUCCCUUUUCUGACACUGCUUGGGAGCCCAUUUUGACCUUUUUUCUCCCAACGACCCAAAGUGUUCCUGUCUAUCCUGUGUAGGAACUGGUCUCAGGAUAGAUGUAGACUCAAGCCCAAAGGAGUGGGUGUAGAAAAGAAAGGAAGACUUGUUGCCAGAAAAGAAAAACAUGAGAGAUCUAUGCUUUUAUGAAUUCAUACAUGUACCUAUGAUACAUACUCCCCUCUUUAUUUAUAAUAAUAAUAGUAAUGAUUAUAUAGUAAGAAUUACAGAUCUGUCCUUGUAGUAUCCAAGGUGGGAGCUGCUGACUCUUCCCUUUCACAGCCUUCCUUUUAGAGUUUUUUUCACAAAGCAGCCCAAAGGUAAUUUGAAUAACCCAAUUACCCUGAAGGAUGAUAGAGAAGGAAGAGGUAUCUGGAAGAGAGUGAGCAUAUUCUUCCAGGUUCUGUGGUAUAUUGAGGGGAAGUUUAGUUAAUAUGAGUAAAAAGUGACAACCUCCUAAUGAAUGAGGGGGAAGCCAAUGGUAUAGUCUCCCUGUAACUCUCGAUGGGGAUUGAAGACAAACUCAUUUGAAUAGUUUAAAGAGGUGGGAGGCAGAUUUGCAUAACACCCCAAGAAGUCUUGGAGUGAGAAAGCAGGAGAGGUAGCAGAUGUAAAGCACAGGUGACCAGCAUAACUCUGAAGCUAAGCCAGAGGAAGUGGAGCAGAGACAAUGAGCUCUGCCUAUGAGGGGCUCGCACAGGCCUGACCAAUGUAACCAGUGAUGCCUGAAUAGAGCUGCAGAGGAAAGAGCAACUUGGUCCAAAGAACCUUUAGAGGGAAGCACCCACAGGAAGACGCAAACCCUCUCCCCUUCUCCCUCUCCAACACCACCCAAGAUAGUACUAAAGACAAGAAAGAAUAAAAAGGAGUCAAAUUCAGUAACCCUGUGUUUGAUAUUGCAAGAAUAUAAAUCACUUUAGAAAGGACUCCUUGCUAGGGAAACAAGAAAGCAAGUUGAGAGAAAUUAAUUUUAGAUUUCUACCAUGUGCCAUAAUAAGCUUAAAAUGAAUAUGAUCUAAAUAUGAAAGAUUACUCGGUAAAAAAGGAAAAGAAAAUGACAUCAGGUUUAUAUGAAAUUGAAAAACCCUUGAACAAACAAAAUAUAGCUAAAAUAAGAAGGGAAGCUGUCAAAAGUGGGUUAAAAUCUGCAUCAAACAUUUUUAACCUUUUGGUGCCUCAAUUUCCUCAUUAGUAAAAUGAGGGGGUUGGACUGAAUGUCCUCCAAGAUCUCUUGUAGCUCUAAACCUGUGAUACUAUGACAAUUCAUACAAUUAUAUGAUUGUGAGUCAUUCCCCAGGAUGAAUAAGUGCUUAAAGGAUAUGAGUAAACAGUUCUUAGAAUUGCGUACUCUUAAUAACGAAAUGAAAGAUUUCUCCAAAUCACUAACGAGAAAUGCAAAUAAAAAUAACUGAGAUUUUCCCAACCCCAGCAAAUUGGCAAAGAUGACAAAAGCUAGAAAUGUGUAAUUUUGGAGAAGCUCUGGAAACACUCUACAUUAACACACUCUUGGUGGAGCUGUGAUUUUGGUCCAGUUGUUCUGGAAAGCAAUUGGAAUCAUACUUUAAAAAAAAAAAAAACUGAUAAGAUAUCCACACCAUUUGAUCUAGAGG